CUUUCGGCACGGCCAAGGGUGUGGCGACUCAUCUCGUGUCUCGACCGGUUCUGCGAGGCCCCACGGGCCCCUUGGACCCCGCACAUCCCCUCGCAGCAAGGAGAGCAUGGUGCCGCUGGCCUCGGCGGGCCCAACGCCCAGCUAGCUGCUCCUCCACACCUCGCCCGUAGCCGCCAUUUGACUCGCGCUCGCCGCUCUCGUGUCUCGCCAACUCAUUCUUUCUCUCCCCGAGUGCAACAAAAUCAUUUUAUCAUGUGCCGCUCGUGAUACAAAUUUUUCGCCCGUGCUCGACGCCGAAAGAGGGUCGAACUCAUUUUCGCCGCAGCCGCGAGCUCGCCCGAAUCAGCUUUUAGCGACUGCCUAGCCGUGUGUGGUGGGACUAGCAAGUAUGAAUGAGUUAGAAAGCCUUAGGCAAGAAGCAGAAACCCUCAAAAAUGCCAUCAGAGAUGCACGUAAGGCGGCGUGUGACACGAGCCUGGUGCAGGCCACCAGCAAUAUGGAGCCAAUCGGACGUAUACAGAUGCGCACCCGCAAAACUCUGCGGGGGCAUCUCGCCAAGAUCUACGCCAUGCACUGGGGAUCAGACUCAAGUCCUGUUUCCAGGAACCUGGUUUCAGCCUCCCAGGAUGGCAAGUUAAUCGUGUGGGACAGUUACACCACCAACAAAGUGCAUGCCAUUCCUCUGCGCUCCAGCUGGGUCAUGACCUGUGCCUACGCCCCAUCCGGCAGCUACGUCGCAUGUGGCGGUCUCGACAACAUCUGCUCCAUAUACAGUUUAAAAACAAGAGAAGGAAAUGUCCGUGUUAGUCGGGAGUUGCCUGGACACACUGGAUACUUGAGCUGCUGUAGAUUCCUCGACGAUAACCAGAUAGUCACAAGUUCAGGAGACAUGUCUUGCGCACUCUGGGAUAUUGAGACUGGCCAGCAGUGCACAUCCUUCAUUGGACACACAGGAGACGUCAUGUCUCUGUCGCUUUCCCCUGAUAUGCGCACAUUUGUCUCGGGUGCUUGCGAUGCUUCAGCAAAGCUUUGGGACAUUAGAGAAGGAAUGUGCAAGCAAACUUUUCCUGGCCAUGAGUCGGAUAUCAAUGCUGUUACAUUCUUUCCAAAUGGUUUUGCAUUUGCUACUGGUUCUGAUGACGCAACAUGUCGGUUGUUCGACAUUCGAGCUGAUCAGGAACUAGCCAUGUAUUCACAUGAUAAUAUUAUCUGCGGUAUCACAUCAGUCGCAUUCAGCAAGUCUGGUAGACUGCUGUUAGCGGGCUAUGAUGAUUUUAACUGCAACGUCUGGGACUCAAUGAAAACUGAGAGAGCAGGUAUCUUAGCAGGCCAUGACAACCGUGUUAGCUGCCUAGGUGUAACCGAAGAUGGUAUGGCAGUAGCUACUGGCUCUUGGGAUAGCUUCUUACGAAUCUGGAAUUAAGGAAAUCAACGUUAAUUAUAACGCGAAGUGUUAAAUUAAGAUCCCCGUUUUGAAUUUCCCCCACCGCUGCCACAUUUUUCAAGCAUAAACAACAACAAUCAUCUCUCCGCGACACCUGCGUCCCUCUUUGAGAUCUGCUGCUCCGUCAUCUUGUGUAACUAAUUAGAACAAGAGAAGAAGCGAACUGCUGUUCGGACCAAAUAUUUCCGAAAACCUGCAGCAAGGAAGAUUGCAAAGAAGCAAGUAAGCAGCAGAAUUAUUUGUGCCAGAAGGGAAAAGUUAAAGUCAAAAGUACAUUUAAAGAGAAAACACACAAAAACCUUCCUCGCUCUAAAAUCGUACAUAGUGGACAAAUGUAAGAGACAAAUUUGUAGGGGCUUAAUUUUAUUCGAGCGGCCAAAUGUUUUUUUUUUUAUUUAAUAUCAAACUAAUCAACACGAUUGUUUGUAUCGCUACUCCUAGUCAAAUUAAUUUGUCUAACGUGUCUUUCUUUUUUCCUCUCUCUCACUUAAACACUCCUUGUGUACGCGCGUGAAGUUUCAGUUCUCAAUCGGUUAAAAACUGUUGAUGUGUUCACCUAGCAAAAUUUUGGAGUAGCCUCAUUGAUUCCCACUGCCCUCAAUUAGACACGUAAAAAGGGGGAGUUGAAACAAAAACAUUAUUUCCAGAGCAGUCUUGAAAGAAAUGAAUCAUAUUGGGACCACGCCACGGGUUCUUAAAAACACACACAGACACUACCCAUUUAUAUCUAACAAAAAAGCAGAAAAAGAGCAGUGGGCGUUGAAUCAAGCAAAAAAAUCCGAUGCAACCAUCUGCUGCCCUUGAAAUCAUUUUUACACCUUGAAUCACCACACUUGGAAAAAAACUAAUAAGAAAGCAUUCAACACUGAAGCACACUGAGGUAGGAAGUAAGCUUUGAAAGAGCAGCAUUUUCUUUAAGAACGGACUCGAAAGUGUAUCAUAUUUAAAAAGAGCGAGGAGGAUAGAAUUAACAUACAGAUUCACUGAUAAAAUUAAUUGUGAAAAUACAAACAAAAACUGAUCCGUUUGUUUCUUCGUUUGCUUUGUUGUGGAUCUUGAAAGAAUGAAAGAGCGAGAAAUAAUAAAAAAAAAACUUUUUGCUACUAUAUCCGUAAAAUCUCAUCAGUGUGGUGAGUGAUUUCGCGCACGCACGAAAACCAACCAGCUCGACACUCGGCUCUCGACCGACCAACGGCCGCGGGCGAAGAAGGAAGAGAGAAGUUUCGACGUGUCGACAGUGGUGGUUUUUUAUAAUUAAUAAAUCCGAUGAUUCAAACGAAAGUAUAUACAUGGUGUUAGUAGCAGCAGCGACAGUUUCGCGCGAGUAAACGUGACUUUUACGAAGAGAAUGUGACAAGCAAGCAAGAAUACAUCAACACAACAUCAAAUUAAUUGAUAGCGAAUAAUUAUUAUGAUUACCUUUUGAAAUGUUACUUUGCAGAGAGACACACCUUUCCGUAAAAAUCAAUCUACACACUGUACGAAACAAUUUUCAUUGGCAAUGUAUCGAUAUGUAAAAGAGUAUGUAAGUGGAAACCGCAUUUGGAUUUUUGAGCAAGAAAAAAAGAAAUGCAGAUGACGAAGUAAUUAUUAAAGCAUUAAAAAUUUUAAUAAUAUUAGAUGUUAAAAAAAAGGAUGAGAACGAGCAUUAAAAAAGAACACACAAUUAUUACUUUGGAGUAAGAAAAAAGGUGACAAACCCACUAAAAACACAACACAAACACACACUUUAUAUUAGGUAAUCUGCUUUCAAUGAGUGUAAGUGAGCGAGCAAAUCCAUUGAUUAAAAAGGUAUAAAAAAAAAUGAUGAAAAACAGCAUUAGAUUGUGCAGACAAGCUGUUAACGAGUGAAAAGGUGCAACAACCACAGAACUGUGUAACAAAUGUAGUGGAAAAACUGACAUCUCUCUCUUGUGUAUGUGCAGUAUUUGUCAAGCAAGCAGUAACACUCUUAUUAAUUAAUGAUUGAUUGCCGAUUGAAAUGGAUUCACACUGCAUUUGGUUUUGCAUGUGAAAAAAAGAGUAGCGCGCACACAACUGUAUUAUUAUGUAAAAGAGGGAAGGAAAAUCUAACUUUGACUUCAAAUAGGCUUACCGGUUAGUCAGUAAAAAAAAAUGAAGUAAAAAAGAGUGCAAGAAAGUCAUCCCGCCACCCCUGACAUUUCCUGCGUACGCAAAAAUCCUUCUUUGUUACAACCGAGGGAGAAACGAGUGUGUUUUUGUUCGGUCUGCGUGAGGAGGUAUAUUUAAAACAAACUUAGCGAAUUCGGUGUGUGAGUGGAAAUUUAUUCUUUCGAUCCUGUGAAUUUAGCUGAAAAGAAAGCAUUUGUUGUGCAAGUGAUGAGGGAACAAGAAAAUAGUCACACGAAGAUGACAUACGCUUUUGUUGAACAUAAUCCAACAAUCACUCGAUUUUUUUUAUUAAUUUCAUUCGGCCAGCUUUCCGUUUGAGAAAAAAAACACAAAUUUCCGUAACUUGGCACAAAUCGCAGCACAAUUUAACUCUCUCGUUUUCUUUUUUUGCUUAGUUUUUGUACACAUCUGUCCAAAGUGCAUUUAUUAUCGAGUACGAUAUGUAUUUACAAAUUUACAACUAACUUCAUUCCACGCACAAUUAUUACGACUAUAUUGUUGAUUAUUGUAAAUUUCUCGUCUCGUUUAGUCCCCCCCUGACCUCUUCUGUAAAAUAUUGGCUUCCCCUCUUAUUUUGUUUUAUUUUAACAAAUCGCCCAAGUUUAAAGAAAAUAGUACCAGCCGUACAUGAAAGUGUGAGUGUCGAAUUUUGAAUCGUGUAUAUUUGUGUAAUCUCUGCGUUGUUAAUAAUCAUUUUUCCGGCACCACUUUGCAAGUUAAAAAAGAGUUAAUGGAAUAAUUAUCACAUUAUUAUUGAAUUGCUCUUUAUUAUUAUCAUUUAAACGCAUUAUCUGUGCCUCUGUUAAGUUCUGCAUGAAUGGCAUUCAUUGUUAAAUUAUGUCUCCUACAUAUAUAAUCAAAUACACUGUAAACCUUAGUUCUGUCGGUGUUUUAUUUUGAUUUGAUCAUUUUUCUGUUGGCUUUCCUUUGUGUGUGUGCUGCCUCGAUUGUUCAUUAAUUUUCUCAUCUCGCACACUCUUUAAACUCAACUCGAGUCGGCCUCUUUUCCGCACCCUACCGCCUUUUGUACAUACGAACUCUCACUCUCCUCCGAGGUCGGGAGCGCAAGGGGUGGAUUCGUUGCACCCCCAAAACCAACCCCCCCGCAGCGCCCCAGGCCGCCAUUUAAUCAGGUUGUGAAUAGCAUUGCUAAUAUCUAACAAACUUCCAUCUCAAGGGCUCAGGGCAGUGUUAUCCAUCGCCUCCUUAUUUGGCACCAACCCCCAGCCACCCUCUGUAGACCUUUGGCCGGUCCGAGCGAACCACUUUCAUUUUGGGUUACCUAACCUGUGUAGAGCCACCUCUUCAGCCGCCGAUUUGUAUAAUAAAUUCUAAACCUAUUCGGAGCCUGGAAACUUUUUCCUUCGGGAACGGUGAGAAAUUUUUGCUUGCUGUUUUUCGACAGGGGAUUUCUGGUAGCUUCGCACGGCUAAGAAAGGGAUGCAAACGGAUGUUCGCCGCUUUCGGGUUAAUGCCCACCCUCAUCUCACCCUCACCUAGCUCUUUUGAGAGAAUUAAACAAGAGAAACGCUUAUACAUACAAAAGUCACAAACGUUCACAAAACACGUGAAAAACGAAUGGAAUAUAAUCCAUUUCACGACCGAUUGAAAUAAAAACGUCUCACAUUUUCGACACACACACCUUGCAAUGACCAAAGAUAAAAAUGCUGAUAUUGAUUGAGGAAUCAACCGAAACACCCCUAAAUGGAUCAUGUAUGUGUAAAAAGAGUGCGUGUUUGCUGUUUGUACCAGGCAUAGUGUUAAUAAAAAAAAUAAUCUUACAAAAAGGAAAAGUAAGGAGUUGAAAAAAAAAUGAUGAACAAUAUCACGACGCGCGCUCUGACACAGGUUGAUAACCCAUGAAUUAUACUUAUUAAUUAACCCACUGCGAUUGAUUAACGAUUUAACAAAACCGAAAAAAAUAUGCGCAGGCAUUUUUCUUUAUUGGGGGCCACUUUAUAAUUAAAUAAAAGUAAAUAUAGGUACAUACAUGUAUGUUGGUGUAAAUGUGUUGGGAACGUGUACACACUGCAGUAUGUGUAUUUGUAUAUAUUUUGUAAAUUAUAUACAUUUACAUAUAAACCGUACAACUGAUCAUAUAUGAAGAAAAAAAUAUGAAAAAAAGCACACAAAAACACUUUUGCUGAAAAGCGCGAGUGGAACCAGAAGAAGUGGAAAUUUGCGCAUUUUAAAUGGGUUGCUGGAUGUCCAUUGAUUAUUUCUACACGCUGUACCCAUCACUGGAAAAAAAAUAAGACAAAUUUAACACAAAAGAUGGACAAGAUGCAUGACGAAAUAUCUCUGUAACAUUCAUUACGAUGACAUAGUAAUUAGUCCACGCAGUAUGAAUACUACUCACACACACAAACACAAAUCACUCAAACCCACCCACCAACGACUCAUAUCUCUCAAGCGAAAAGACUUUCUUCAGAAAAAUAUUUGAUUCGAGUAAAAUUUCAAAAUUUUUCCGACGUUCAUAUCAUCCAAAAAACACUCUGCAACUCUGAUUGAUUCUGCAUGUCGCUAUGUAAUUAAUAUAGCGACUGAAUUAAUUAUAAAAAAUAAUUAUAAUGCCACCUUUUCCCACCCACUCUUUGCCACCGAUCGACACACACCCAGUUAAUAUGAGAAAAGAUACACACAGCCUUUUCAUUUUUGUAAGCAUUCUCACACUAAUUUUUAAAUGUGGGGCUGAAUGAUGUGUUGUCUAAAAAUAAAACUUAAGGAAAAAUCGCUGACAGUUUUUUACUUUAUCUACCAUGCAGGUUGCAUCACAUAAUAAUUGCAUUUCUUUCUAAAAAUACCAAAAAUCUGCAUGAUAUAUUAUAAGUAAAAAAAAAAAACACAACGCAAACAUUAUUAUCACUGUGUCAGAGUGCAGAUCAACUAGUAUUUUAUAAUUUGAAAAAAAGAUUUAAAAUGUAGCUUAUGGAAGUCAUAUUUGUGAUUUGUCUUGUAAGUAACUAUCUCACUUGUCCAAUAAAGCUAAUUGUCUUUAAAGACUUA